GAGGGUUGAGCACAAGCAGCUCAAUCUCUCUUCAACGAUUAUUAUUCACUUCUCUUCUACUGCAAGUCUUCCAUUAUCAAGCCCUGAAUAUCACACUCUCUAUACAGCAAUGGACUUUACCUUCCACCCCGGAGUCAACGGCUCGUCUCCCUGGGUUGAAUUCUAUCCCUACAAUCCUUCCCUCCCAGCUGGCUAUGCUUUCAUGGCCAUUUUCGCCAUAGCAACUCUUGUCCACUUUGUCCUUAUGAUUCCAUACAGAGCCGCAUAUUUUAUUCCAUUCAUUCUCGGCGGGAUCUGCGAAACAUUUGGCUACCACGGCCGUGCUCGCUCGCACAAUAACCGCACCGGACUCGGGCCCUGGGCGCAACAGCAAAUGCUCCUCCUCUGCGCGCCCCCCUUACUCUCCGCGAGUAUCUACAUGACGCUGUCCCGGUUGAUGACAGCUCUGAACGCAGAAGAACACUCACCCAUCCGUCCGAAAAGACUGACUGUGCUCUUUGUGCUCAACGACAUAAUCUGUCUGCUGACGCAGCUCGUCGGCGCGGGCCUCCAAGUCACAGGGGACGAGAAAAUCAUAAGUAUUGGGAACAAAGCCGUCCUGGCAGGGUUGAUCUUCACGCUCUUUGUGUUUGGAUGGUUUAUUUGGAUUGCUUCUAUGUUUCAUCGACGGCUUGAAGCCCAUCCGACGGCUAUUUCGCUUGAUGAAGCAAUUGGCAAUUGGAGGGUUUAUAUGGGAGUUUUGUAUGGAGUCUGCGGGUCAAUGGUUGUUAGGAAUCUGGUAAGAACAAUUGAGUUUGGGAGUCCGCAUGGAGCGGAUGUGAGAAGUCGCGAAGUGUAUAUUUAUUUGUUUGAUGGAGCGUUGAUGGCAUGUGUCAUGGUGCUCUGGCUGGUUUGGCAUCCUGGGAGGUUGAUUAAAGCGGCGAGGAGGGUAAGGAAGGGGGUUGAGGGAGGUGUAGAGCUUCUGGGGGGUUUGUUCAGGCGUAUCUGGGAGUUCUGGCGCUAG